AGGGGAAGGACCUCAAGCAGCCAAUAACACGCCCACCAUGCGUCCCCUGCUGGCCGUCCCCCUGAUGUGCGCCCUGUCGCUGGCCUCGGCCGCUCCGCUGGACUUUCUCAGCGGUCUGACGCAGACCCCCAGCCAGGCCUCCGGGUCUGCCGCCGGUACCGUGGUCUCCGGGUCCAGCGGAGGGCCCCUGCAGAGCUCGCAGAUCGUCCAAGUCGGCGCCCAGGCCGGGGGAUCGACCAGCGGCGGUGGCGCCAUCAGCUCCAACUCGGCCAGCGCCUCCCAGUCGUCCGCGUCGGGACUGCUGGGAAACCAGCAGCUCUCCAGCACCAGCGCUGUCUCCGACCAGCAGAUUCGCGACGGCGGACUGCUGGCCGCGCUGGGUCAGCGGCCGUACCAGCCCAGCUUCCAACAGCCGUACCAGACCAGCUUCCAGCAGCCGUACCAGCCGAGUUUCCAGCCGAAUUAUCAGCCGAAUUACCAGCCGAAUUACCAGCCGAAUUACCAGCCUAAAUUCCAGUCAAAUUUCCAGCCCAAUUACCAGCGCCGGCAGUACCCGAGCAAAGUGCUCUUCUAGUCAGUGACCCUUGGAAUUGGCACAACUGAUUAACUAUGACCAAAUGACGAUGAAAGGUGAUGCCUUUAUGUGAUUUGAGAGGAACGUGCCGAUGUAAUUUUAUAGAAUCACGUACACUCAGGGAGGCAUUUGGCGUAGCUAAGCUAUGCUGUUUUUGCUGUCAGCACCCCGUAGGUAAUGCUGUAGACCACAAUUAUAAAAGAGACGUGAACUGUUUUGCUUGUCACAUUUAGCCAUCGCAUUGAGCUAUGCGAAACGUGGGCUUGAAGUCCUCAUUGUGUAUGUGCAAUUUACAGUCUGUCUUAAAAGUACCGCGCAAAGUGACGGUG